GUUUCCCUUCCGCCAACGACGUGCGAGACAACAACUGAGAUUGAACAGGCUUGAGGAUUCAGAUUGGUUCUUGCAUGUUCUUGGGAUUUUCCAUCGGCUUUUGUUCCGCCAGCAUCUCAGAUAGCUGGGUGGCCUCAAUGAGUGGGGAGGUGAUUUGCUUCGUGUUUCCUGGGGCUGCCGGCCAUGUGAACCCCUCACUGCCCAUCGCACGGCGCUUGGUCCAGCAGGGCUACCAGGUGGAGUAUGUCUGCAGCGAGGCCCUGCGUGCCCCGAUCGCCGCCACGGGCGCGACCUUCCGUGAUGUGGACUUCGUGGUGGUGCCGCGUGCGGCGGGGGACGUCUCCAGCGCACGCGAGAUGAUCGUGAGCACCCUCCAAGCCUAUGAGGAUCCUGGGGCCAAUGCUUGGGCGUUGAACUUCGGGAGCCUGGCAGCCAGCAAGCUGAUCCCCAUCUUCGUGGACUUCUUACGCGAGCUGGCACCCAAGCUGCUGGUGUAUUGUCCUGUGCUAUGCUCCUACGCGCACCUGGCGGCUUCCCAUCUGAAGAUCCCAGACGUGUCGCUGCUGACCGCCAGCGGCCCGGGCUUUUGGGAUGCGGCGUUCACUACGCAUGGUGGGUCCGCCAAACAGCUGUGUGAGGCAAUUGGCAAGAAUGCCGCGAACAACAAGGCCGUUCAGGAGAUCCGGGCGUUCCUGGGAAAGCCCGAGCUGAAGCUGAACACCUCGGAGCCGCUGAUCUGCGACUACUACACCCGCCUGAAUCUGGUCACCACCAUUCCGUCUCUAGCGGACCCCCUGAACGACGCGGAUGCGCAGUUCUAUCGCGAGGCGGGGCAAGACUUCCACUUCAUCGGUCCCUGUUUGGACGAGCCCGGCGAGGGCGAGAAGAGCGAGGAGUUGGAGCUGCGAAGGCUCUGGGAGGAGAUCCAGGAAGCCAUGGCCCAGAAGCGCGAGAUCAUUUACGUCUCCAUGGGCACGGUGCUCACCGGCGAUCAUCCAGACCAUGGCUGGCAUGGUCAGAGUGGCACGCUGCUCACGGGCCAGCAGCUCUGCCAGGCCGCGCCAGCUCACGAGCGCUGGAGGUCCACGGAGUCCACUGCGAUUCCACGCUUUUUCGGUUGACUCUUGUUGGGGGGCCGUGGAGGCACAGUUGGGGUGGGGCUUGGAAGGCACAGAAACGAAUCCUAUUUUCUUUCCAUGACACUGGAGGCGGUCUACCGUGCCACCUUUCGUGCUCAUGGCGAUGCGGAUUCCCAGUUGCUGGUGGUGGCGCUGGGGAGAGAGCCGGCGGAGGCGCUCGAGGGACUGGAGGUACCAAAGAACUGCAGGUGUCUGAAGCACCUGCCGCAAGUGGAGCUCCUGACGAAGGCCUCCCUCUUCGUGACGCACGCGGGGCAGAACUCCUUCACCGAAGCCCUGAGCGCGGGCACUCCCAUGGUGGCCUGUCCCGGCUUCGGGGAUCAGCUGGCGAACGCCCAGCGCGUGGAGCGUUUGGGCGUGGGCCGCCAGGUGCCGCGGCCGGCGGCGGCUGGAGCCGCGGAAGCCGACGUGGUGUCCGCCUUGGAGACUUACGAGGCGCACGUCUGUGAGGCGGUGGGCACCGUGCUGAGGUCCACCGAGUGUCGCGCGAAAGCUGGGGCGCUGGCGGAGGAGGUGCAACGUGGUGGUGGAGCAACGAAGGCGGUGGAACUCAUCCUGGAGGUCAUGAAGUGACGAAGUCACUGGAAUUCCAGACCCACCCGUUAAUGUAUCAUCCUUGUGGGACGGCUGCGUUGUAGCCACAUGCUGCCGAGAGAGAGACCCACCCAUUGAAUUGUUUACACAGAUGUAUUCGCAGAUGUUUGCUGCGUGACUGGUGCCAAAGAGCCGGUUUCAGCUUGGAAGAUUG